CGGCGCGAGCCGCAUUUCACCGCGGACGGUUCGAUAAAAAUCAGUCGUCGCUCAGCCGCUUCGUAGAGGGUUAUUUUGGCCGUUUUCAUCGCGUCCGGUUUCGCGAGCCGUAUCGUGAGACGAUCGUGACUUCAGUGAAUGACUCGUGCGGAUCAGCGCAACGGUGAACCUGGAGAGACGCGUGGAAUGAUCAAUGGUGGCCACCAGCAGCAUGGUAUAUGAGGAGAUAGUCGGUAUACGGGGCAGCUGACCCCAGCCGCCGCGCACGCUUUUCACGCGCGAAAUGCCCCACAAUCUAAACUCAGCUUCCGCCAACUCCGCCAACACGGGACCGAAUCACCAAGCCUAUCCCCAGCAGCCGUACCACCGAGAGAACGCAGAUGGACUGCAGCCUGAGAAAGAACCGGUGGAGUUCGACACGUCGCACCUGCGUGGCGCGCCAGCGGAGGUCGAGGCGUUGGUGCACAACAUCAAGGAAGUCGCCCAGCAGUUCCUCUAUCAUUGGCGAACGUUCCCUAUCGUCCUGCCGCCGCCGCUGUCCUCGUGCACCGAGGGCGAGGACACGCUGGCACGUAAGAAGUACCACUUGAAGGACCUCUUCGUGGCGCCCAGCUUCGACGAAUUGGACGCUGUCGCCGUGGACAGCAAGGGCGAGCCCAGGAGACUGACUAACAAGCAGCUCGAGAGUAUCCGGGAACGGGGCUUACACAAGGAUAAAUAUGGAAAGCCGAAGAAGCUGAAUGCCACUCAGUUGGAGAGCAUUCGAAGAUGCGGGGAGUUCGAAGUGGACUCGAUCAAUUUCGCCGGACAGACACACCGAUGGCGAUUAAGCGGUCUUCUGCAACGCGGUCGCGACAGAAGGCGGGACGCGUUGCUCGGCGAUCUCGCUCUGGCGACCAGGUUCCUCGUCGUCACGGCAAAGGCUAGAUUAGUCUCCCACUGCUUCAGCGUCUCGCAGUCUCUCAAGGCCUUAUUGACGGGGCUAUUACGACUUCUCGACAUUAUAAUCGGCGUGCCGUCGCUCCAGGCACACAAUCUAGACGCUAAAAUUAGGGAGGAACGUUGUCGAUAUCUGGUGGCGGAAUUGGUCUGUAGGCCGGAGUAUGAAGAUUCUCUGGAAUUACUUUGCGGAUUCAUACGUAAGCAACUUCGCCGAGCGACCACGGAGAAGUUUGAGGUGGAGAGAGAAUCGUCCCAGCUGCUGCCUGUCUCGGUCCCCUUCGUAUUCGGGACACCGGGUGGGGCCGCGGUUGAUCUCAGAUUAUUCAGCAGGGACAUCAUCAGGAAGGCUCUGCCGACGCUCGUCGCGAUUCUGGAGAGAGAGACAAGAGGCUGGUUUCUUCACUUUAGAGAAAGACUGAUAUCUGAACUGAGAGCACAAAAGAAACCGGACGAGCAGAUCGAACGAGAGGUCAACGAAGCGGUGAUGCGCGAGUACCUGCAAAGAGUCUACUCGAAUAUCCUGUCACACCCGGACAUACUCGCAUUGGGCGAGGGGAUCGCCCAGCUGCUGGUUCAGCAGGCUCAGUCGGUCGUGUUGAUGCAUCGAGCGGUGGAGAAUGUGCAACGGAAAUUAUCGCAAACCAAAGAAUCACUGCGACGCCGCAUGGAGAGCGAGCAUCCGGUCUUGUCACGGAUACAGCCGUGGAUGCGAGAUCGCAUGCGAGAGGCUGAGGAAAACUUCAUAGAAGAAUGCGAGUGGAGCGCGCACGAAGAAGCCCUUGCACUCUGCAGCAAUCAGAAUCUCCAACAGACUGUGUAUUUCCUCAACCGUGAUCUUAUUUUUAUGAAAGAGCGAGAGCCAGUUCUGCUGAAAGAACUGCGCAAGGUGAAAACUCCGACAAGGACCUUCCAGUGGCCGACGCAAAUUUGGUUGCCGAAAAACUGGAUAAUACGACGCAAUUUCCAGGGUCAGUCCGAAAUCAUUCCAACCGUACUGAGUAAUACACCAACUUCCAUUACGACACCUCGUGCCGACCCCAGCCAACCAGUCUUCUUGGUCGAAAGAGAGAUUUUACACACAACCACGACAAGAUGGCCGAUGUGGCGUUGGAUCAAUUACAUCGCCAGGACAUGGUGUUGGACCUGGAACGCAAUGUUCCUAUUGGGCGUGGCUGUACCGUGGUGUAGCCCAGUGUCUAUACGUGCUCUUCUGCUGGUGCAGCCAUUCACUCCCGAUCUGGAAUUGAGUCAACUGAACGGCACGCUAUUCCCGAGGAAGUCGUCGCAGAUGCCCACUCUCUGUUCCCGACUGAUAGCGCUUUGGAGACACAUCAGCAAAAGUCGAACGCACUUUGAAACGGAACCAGACACCGGAUUCAUCGGCAAAGGUAUGACGAGGCACUUGAACAGGCUGUGGAAUUAUGGUGCGAAAGGUCUUCUGGGCACGCUCAUCAUACUGUUUGUAUUUCCCGUGGUGUGCGUUCUGGCGAGCGUCGCGUCGCUGAUUGUCGCUUUGACCGCGGUCUUGUGGAUGCCUCUGGUCACUUUGACGCUGCACGCGUUCAUGGCUCUCAUCAUGGACCUGGACAGUCCUGAACCGAGUCGCAAUCGAUAUCUCGUAGUAAUGGAAGCGUUAAUGUGGAAUAUCGGCAUUCAAGGAUGCUUGCAGCCUGUAGCGGCGCUGUUCGUAGCCCUCAUCCUGUGUCCCGUUAUAUCAUUCGUGAUACUUACAAUUGCUGUGAUACGUUACUGGAUCAGAGUAUUCUGGGAUACGGUCAUGUUCCAUCUCGUGAUCAAGAACAGGGGUCGGAUACCAGCGAGCGAUAGCUUCGUCGUGAAGAGAAUAGCCGGGCCGGGGCUAGCUUCAGAUUAUUAUUAUCAAAUAAGAGCGGAGCAGGCAUUGGCCGCCUUCGAAGCGAAACUAGAACUGGACGAAUUGCUAGCCUUCCAACAAGAAACGGAGAGAUUGAUUACUCAACCGCAGAGAGAUUUUACUCAGUUCGUAGAGGCCUGUUUCGGGCCGUUCGCUGCUAGUCUCGCCAAGACAAAGGACCCGUACAGAUCGUUGGAGAAGGAAGCCAAAGAUUUAAUCGCCGUACUGCACGAGAAGUUGGAUCGACGAAGAAAAAAUCUGCAGACUGGCCUCGGCGUCGCUGUGAGAAGUAAAAUAAAGUUAACCACCUUCGACUUAAAGGUGGUCAUACAGCAAGGCGCGCUGAUGCUGGAACGUCUUUAUCCGACUCACGUGUUUGCGAGGUUGCCCGGGAACGAGGAAGAUUUCUGGGAGAACAAGGGCUUGGGAGUGUGCGAUUGGGCGGGCCUGGCCGGGCUCAUGUACGCCGACAUCUUCAGUCUGGACUUUCUGCAACCGCUCGACGACGCGGACACUAAGUUCAAGCUGGAGCCACAUCCAGGAGUCGACCUGUCGCGAUACACGGACAUGGUGCACAGUACCGAGCUCGGUGGCAUCAACGGGCCCGACUUGCUCGGCGCCGUUUACGCGCCGCGUGGCAACAUUCAGGUUCACAGUCCGUACCUGGAGGUGUCGGCCUUCAACCCGAAAGCUAAACAAGCCAGCAACAGCAAGCGUUCCGACAAACGCGACACCAGCGGCCUGUUAACGUCCACGAAGAUCCGAAGACGCACUAUGACCAGCAACAACAGCGCGGAAGGUCGCUGGCAGCCAUGGAAGCGACAAAUUCGUCCGUACAGCGCGGAGAAACUCGUCAUCCCUCUGCCCAUUCCGCACCCGGCUCACAUAGCGGUCACCAUCCACAACCGCGACUCGGAAGAUCCGAUACCUCUCGACUCGGAGCUGUGCCAGAAUAUCUUGCGGGCUAUCGAGGAGUCUCCGGGCGAGAUGGCGACGGAGUGCGUUGGUCGGUACAGAGGCGGCGGCGGUGAUUCCAGUUUCGACUCUGUCGCGUCGCAAUCGUCAGUCUCCAUCGAGACCGGUCUGGAAAAGGAGAACGAGAACGCGCAGGAGGCGCAGCCGAGCGCUGAGAAAGAAGGCGAGACUUACCAUUGGACUCUCUCGAACUGGGGCGGUGGCGUGACACGAAGACGAAAUAACUCUGGAUCGAUCAAGGUUGACCUGGCAUCUCCGGAGGACGUCACCCUCGACACAGAUACCACCAGAGUGAUGUUCAGCACGUACGGAACUACCGUCUAAAUUAAGAUCCGCCGUUAUAUCGAGCAAAUCGCUAUCAUCGUCGUAUUUACACGAUACGUGAGAAGGAGGAAGUACGAGCGGGUAGAAUUGCAACACUUUAUCUGGUUUUAGAGAAUGCUCUUUGCCAUCCAAAGAUGACGUCACGCAAUGUUAAGGUCGUAUUAUCUACUCUCGAGUCGAAGCAACGCGAGUAACGGGAUUACUGACCGAAGAAACGGGAAAUGAUAAAUAUACGUCAAAGGUAACGCCUCACUGAUAUUUUUUCAUCUUAAAGUGUACUAUAAAGGGUAAAGUAUCUUCGACUUUAAGUAUUGGAAGGUAAAAAUUAAGUUUAGAAGACUUAUCUCCGAUAAACAUUUUUCUUAUUAAUUUACAUCUUAUUAAAUUCUCACUAAAAUCUUUCGUCUUCCUAAAUUCACGAGUCUACUAUAUACUACGAAUAAAAAUAUUGUAGAAUGGGCAGAGAUGUCUGCGCAAGGUUCAACCCCGUUUAAAUUCAUGAACUUAGCGAGGCGAUAAAUUUUAGCAAGAAUUUAAUGGGAUAUAAAUUAAUAAGAAAAAUGUUAAAGAGUGUUUAUCGAAAAUGAACUUCAUUCUUUUUAUCUUCCAAUACCUUGAAGUCAAAUAUCUCAAGAACUACAAGCGACCGCCGUGUAGACAUACCAUAAAAAGUUAUUGCGAAUUUGAUUCUUUGUAGUAUAUCUUAGAAUGAAAAUCGGUGUUACCUUUCAUGCAUAUUUACCCGGGAAAUUAAGGAUUCGCCGAUGAAUUCUUAAUUUCAAUCCAAAGUGUACAUUCGAGACACUUGAAGAUGAUGCACCAAAUGGCAGAACAUGUUCACAGGUUCUGUACGUAGGUAUACAAUCGUGGACAGAAAGAUAUCGUCCGUUAUUCGUUACGUGGACUUCCGUACGCAUCCGUCUCGCCCGCUCGCUGGGAGGAUUCUUCCGUUAAAAAACAGAUUCUCCUAUUGGACAGGGCGGGUGCGUAACGAACUCACGCGAGAAAUAACGGGCAACCUUGCUGCCUACGGCUGUAACAGCGAAAUACUAUCUAACGAGUCUCAGUAAAUUACGGUUAUUAAUGCGACGCGAUGUAAUCCAUUUCUGUUUUAUCGAAAUUUUAUCUGAAAAAGUCUGUUAUAUAUAAAUAUUACUUAUCGAAUUUAUUCGUUCGACAACGAAGCUCACAUAAGCGUCUUCAAGGUCGAACGAUUAAUAAGAAGUAUAAAAGACGACUAUAAUGCAAGAUUUAAAGAUUUCGCUGUAACGAAGUCACGAUUUUUAAGAAUAUUAUAAGAGAGGAUUAUAAAGAACGAUAAUAUACAGGGUGUCCCAUUUUUAAUGAGCCAGGCAAAAAUCUCGAAAAAUAUGAGAGAUAUUAAGAAACGUGUCAG